AUGGAGGGCCGUAUCGGUGCCGUGUUUAUUAUCAUUCAGCUCAGUGACGGCCCCAUUGACAUCCUAGACUUUUUCCACCGCGCAUGGAACGCUGAGUUGCUACGCAACGCCGCCGCGGAGCCGACGGGGUGCCUUUUGCGAUUCCCGCUGCUACGCGUCAACGACACCAUCUGCAGCGGUGUGGUGGCCUCUGUCCUAGCGAGCGGUGUGGUGCGCGUUGUGUCGAGCGGCUCCAUUGAGGCGGCUAUGGCGAUUGCGGAUUUUGUGCACGCCUACGUUGUUCGGCGCCUCGCACCGCUGCCAAGGCGAACUGGCACAAAAAGCAUUGCGUUGCUUCAGGUCGUUCUCUCCCCAGCCCCGCCGCUGCCGAAGGGAGCGAGCGUGGACACGUCGGAGGGUGCGGCAGCAUGGCUGCGUGGGCGCAUAGCGUCUGCCACCGCCGCGAGUGGCGGAGGCGCUGACGGAUCACGCCAAGCGCGGUGGUGGCGAUGCGUUAGAGAAAGCUCGGUGACAGCGCUGCGCUACCGGCACACGCUUCGCGUUGUGUGCCACUUCCUGCAUCCCCCUUCAGCACAGCUGGGGCAUGUGCCGGGCCCGGCUGCAGGCGGAGGCCCUGAUGACCGCGACGCAGACGCGUUUUUCUUUGGAAGCGAUCUCAUGUCUGUUGUGCCGUUAGGAAGCGUCUUCGUGGCGGUGGGGCACCACUCGGAAAAAUCCCCGGAGCACGACACGAGCGGGGGUGGCGGGCACAAGCGGCUGCGCCGCGGGUCUGAGACGAGGACGCCGGAGUCGUUGUCGUUGACGUCCCCCGCGAGGGAAGACGUCGCCGCCCUCAUGACAGCGCCGCCGUCACACUUGACGCCCUCCACCGCGGCGCAGGCCGCCCAAACCCCUCUGCUUCCCCCUGCUGCUACUGCUGCUGCUGCUGCUGCUGGGGCGAGGGAGGAGUGCCCGUUGGUGGCAAAGCCGCAGGUGAAGGUGGAGGCGUUGCUGUACCGCUCAGGGCGAGUCUUUGCGACCACAGACUCCGUGGAAGCCUUGUCCUUCGUGGUGGAGGAGGUGCUUCUGCCGCUGCUGCAGCGGCACGGAGGAGACUGA